GGCACGGCGGGCAGCCCAGGAGUAGAGAGAGAGAAGCUGCAGCCGGAGAGGAGCUGGGAAGAGAUAAUAAUAAAAAAUAAAAUAAAAAAUAAAAGAGGGAGAGGAGCUGAGCCCCCCGGACAUGUCCUCCUGUGAGCAAAAGCCAAGCUAUUAAAAAUAGAGCGGCAGAGAGAAAGAGAAUGGAUUGUAUGCGCUUCGGGUUAUGUAUCCUGGCCUUCCUCACACACGGAUACACAGUGAUUAACCUCGUGUUCGGGGAUUCAAGCUGAAAAACAAAGAUAAACUGCAUUCAGGAGUAUAAUACAUGGAUCUCUCAUUAUAAAGGCGGGUUCAUCGGCACCAUCAAUGUAAAGGUUUUUCUGCCAUUUUCCUUCAUUCUGAGGAGAUUUCACAAAGGGAUAUUUUAUUCGGUGGUUCUCCUGGCAAAGUUGGUAUAGAUGGCAUCUUGGCACCAGUGCAGUGAGGUGGACCCCAUGACACUGUUAUCCCGGAAGUUUUCUCUUCCCUAGGAGAAUCCUAUCCGCACCCACCCCAGUAUUCCCGGGAUUGUGCCGGCUCCGAUCCUGUACCGGCAGCGAAAAGGGAUCGAGUCUGACGCUAUAAAACGCUGGAUGUAUUGACCACUUAUCACCAGACCUGGAGUGGAGUCUGCUUUCCAACAUGGUGCCUUACCUUCGCCAGCCCCUGCUCACCCUCCUGGCGCUGCUCCUCUGCUGCUCCAUCACCCUGACCCAGGCGGACAGUGAGCCCAUCUUUAUCCGCAAGCCGGAUGACCAGAUAGGAAUGUCGGGCGGCGUCGCCUCUUUCGUGUGCCAGGCCACGGGGGACCCCAAACCGCGCAUCACCUGGAUGAAGAAAGGGAAGAAAGUCAGCUCGCAGCGCUUCGAGGUCAUUGAAUUUGAUGACGGCUCGGGGUCCGUGCUCCGGAUACAACCUCUGCGGGCGAACAGGGACGAGGCCAUCUACGAGUGCACCGCCACCAACAGCGUGGGCGAGAUCAACAGCAAUGCCAAACUGACCGUGCUGGAAGAGGAGCAGCUGCCGCACGGCUUUCCCGUCAUCGACAUGGGGCCCCAGCUGAAGGUGGUGGAGAGGACCCGAACGGCCACCAUGCUGUGCGCAGCCAGCGGGAACCCCGACCCCGAAAUCACCUGGUACAAGGAUUUCCUUCCCGUGGACACCGCCAACAGCAACGGCAGGAUUAAGCAGCUGCGCUCAGGUGGUACAUCAAUCCGAGGCGGCCUCCAGAUCGAAAACAGCGAAGAGUCCGACCAGGGGAAGUACGAAUGUGUCGCCACCAACAGCGCCGGGACGCGCUACUCCGCCCCAGCGAAUCUCUACGUGCGUGUACGCCGCGUGGCCCCGCGUUUCUCCAUCCCCCCCAGUAACCACGAAGUGAUGCCCGGGGGCAGUGUGAACCUGACCUGUGUCGCAGUCGGUGCCCCAAUGCCUUAUGUAAAGUGGAUGGCCGGCGCAGAAGAACUUACCAAAGAGGAAGAGAUGCCAGUAGGCCGCAAUGUCUUGGAAUUGACCAAUAUUCGGGAAUCUGCCAAUUACACCUGCGUGGCGAUCUCUUCCCUUGGCGUGAUUGAGGCAGUGGCGCAAAUUACAGUGAAAGCUUUGCCAAAGCCACCAGUAUCCGUGAUGGUAACAGAGACAACAGCCACCAGUGUCACCUUGACAUGGGAUUCCGGAAACCCAGAACCUUUGUCCUAUUACGUCAUACAGUAUAAGCCCAAGUUGUCAGAAGGCUCAUUUCAGGAGGUCGAUGGUGUGGCCACCACCCGUUACAGUAUCGGAGGCCUCAGCCCUUUCUCAGAAUAUGAAUUCCGCAUCAUUGCCGUCAACAACAUCGGCCGGGGCCCUCCAAGUGAAGUGGUGGAAGCACGGACAGGAGAACAGGCUCCAUCGGGCCCCCCUUUGAAUGUCCAAGCUCGAAUGCUCAGCUCCAGUACCAUGGUCGUCCAGUGGGAUAACCCAGAGGAAGCCAAUGGUCAGAUCCGUGGGUUCCGGGUAUAUUACACAUCUGACUCACAUCUACCAUUCAGCAUGUGGCAAAAGCACAAUGUAGUGGACAAUCUUCUGACCACAAUUGGAGGACUAACCACAGGAAUCACUUAUAGCAUCCGGGUUCUGGCCUUCACGUCUGUUGGGGACGGGCCACCUUCAAAUAUGGUCCAAGUCAAGACCCAACAGGGAGUUCCUGCCCAGCCAGUCAAUUUCCAGGCAGAAGCAGAGUCCGACACCCGAAUAAUGCUCACCUGGCAGUCCGCCUCGCAAGAGCGCAUCAGCUCCUACGAACUGCAGUACUGGGAGGGGCAGGAUGGACCAAAGCAAAAAAUCAAUUUUGGUCCGGCGUCGUUCCAUGCGGUGGAGGGGUUGAAGCCGGACACCUUGUAUAGUUUCCAGCUUGCAGCUUCGUCUGCGAUGGGGCUGGGGGUUUACACCUCUGUGAUCCAGGCUCGGACGGCUCAGUCCACACCGUCUGCGCCGCCGCAGGACGUGGAGUGUACCAGUCUUAGCUCCACCGCCAUCCGGGUAAGUUGGGUGGCUCCGCCGGUAUCUAGCCGCAACGGAGUUCUGACCCGCUACUCGCUGGCCUACCAGGCCGUGACCGGGGAGGACACGUCCCGUCACAUUGUGGACAGUAUCCCGCCAGACGUCUCCAGCUGGGAGAUCAAGGAUCUGGAGAAGUGGACAGAGUACAGGGUGUGGGUGAGAGCUCACACGGACGUGGGGGCCGGGCCUGAGAGCCCCCCGGUUAUAAUACGGACGGAUGAGGAUGUGCCCAGCGCUCCACCCAGGAAGGUCGAGGUGGACUCGGCCAAUUCUACAUCCAUCCGCGUUAGCUGGAAGUCACCCCUCCCCACGAAGCAGAACGGGCAGAUCCGGGGCUACCAAGUGACCUACGUCCGCCUUGAGGGUGGGGAACCUCGUGGCAACCCCAUCAUUAAGGACGUUAUGCUGGCUGAGGCUCAGUGGAGACCUGAGGAAUCUGCAGAAUACGAGGCCCUGAUUACUGGGCUUUCCCCAGAGACCACCUACUCCAUCACUGUGGCGGCUUAUACCACCAAGGGAGACGGCGCCAGGAGUAAGCCCAAAGUUGUGACCACUACAGGGGCCGUGCCAGGUAGGCCCAGCAUGGUGAUCGGCACAACGUCUCAGAACACGGCACUCAUUCAGUGGCAUCCACCCAGAGAGCCGAUGGGAGAGAUCCAGGGCUUCCGCCUGCAGUACAAACGGGUGGACGAGGAGAAAUUCAUCACCAUGGACUUUGGAAAGAACGAUCAUCACUACACGGUGACCAAACUGCACCGGGGGGCCACCUACGUCUUCAAACUGUCCGCCAAGAACCGGGCCGGCUUUGGAGAGGAGUACGAGAAGGAGAUCUCCACGCCUGAGGAUGUGCCCAGUGGGUUCCCCCAGAACCUGGCGGUCGUUGGGCUCACCACGUCUACCACUGAGGUGUCCUGGGACCCGCCAGUCUUGGCGGAACGCAACGGAAAGAUCACGAACUACACAGUGGUGUACCGAGACAUCAACAGCCCUCAGGAUGUGUUCAACAUCACCCGUGACACACAUAUCACUUUGGUCAACCUCAAGCCGGACACUACCUAUGACAUUAAGGUCAGGGCAAGGAACAACAAGGGCCUCGGGCCCCUCAGCCCCAGCAUUCAGUCACGCACAAUGCCUGUGGACCAAGUGUUUGCAAAGAAUUUCAGGGUGAACGCGGUGAUGAAAACAUCGGUCUUGCUCAGCUGGGAAGUCCCCGACUCGUACAAAUCCGCUGUGCCUUUCAAGAUUCUAUACAACAACCAGAAUGUAGAGGUGGACGGUCACUCCAUGCGCAAGCUCAUCAAUAACCUCCAGCCAGACACAGAGUAUUCCUUUGUACUCAUGAACCGUGGCAGCAGCGCUGGCGGUCUCCAACACAGAGUGUCCAUCCGCACGGCUCCCGACGUCCUGCAGACCAAGCCAUCAUCUGCCAGCAAGUACAUGGAGGAAGGACGAUUUACCCUGGAGCUGCCCAGAGUAAAGACCAGCGCCCCCGUCAGAUGGUAUUACAUUGUGGUCCUUCCCUUGGACACUUCCAGCGGUGGUCUGAGCGCUCGCUGGCAGAGCCCGGAGGAGAUGGAACUGGAGCAGAUUCUAGAAGCCAUUAAUCAGGGCUCCCGCCGGCAGAGGCGUCACGCUGCAAAGAGUAAGCCGUACAUAGCGGCUUGUCUCAACCCUCUCCCAGAAGUUUUCACUCUCGGUGACAACAAAGAAUAUAAUGGAUUCAUCAACAAGCCGCUGAACGCCGACUUGAGCUACACCUGCUUUGUGCUGGCAGCUCUAGAAGACGGGGACACUAAGAAGUACGCAGCCAGUCCAUACUCUGAUUACAUCGUGGUGGAGGUCUCCUCAUCUAGACAACAGGAGGAGCCCGAGAUGUUGUGGGUGAUGGGCCCGGUCCUGGCAGUCAUCCUCAUUAUCAUCAUCGUCAUUGCCAUCCUUCUCUUCAAGAGUAAGCAGGAGAGGAAAAGGACCAACUCUCCCUCCAGCAAAGAGGACCAAAUGCCUGGACUGAAAGACUCUCUGCUGGCCAAUUCCUCUGACCCGGUGGAAAUGAGACGACUCAACUACCAGACUCCAGGUUCCAGUGUCCCCAGUUACCAGAAUAUCUCAAGUAUGAGGGACCAUCCUCCCAUCCCGAUCACCGACCUAGCCGACAACAUUGAGCGCCUGAAGGCCAACGAUGGGCUCAAAUUCUCUCAGGAAUAUGAGUCCAUCGACCCCAGUCAGCAGUUCACCUGGGAGCAUUCCAACCUGGAGGUGAACAAGCCAAAGAACCGCUAUGCAAAUGUUAUAGCGUACGACCACUCACGUGUCAUCCUCACCUCCGUGGAUGGGGUUCCUGGCAGCGACUACAUAAAUUCCAACUAUAUAGAUGGGUACAGGAAGCAGAACGCUUACAUCGCCACUCAAGGUCCGCUGCCGGAAACCUUCACGGAUUUCUGGCGUCUGGUGUGGGAGCAGAGGGCCUCCACCAUCGUCAUGAUGACCCGGCUUGAGGAGAAAUCCAGGGUGAAAUGCGACCAGUACUGGCCCAGCCGCGGCUCGGAGACGUACGGAAUGAUACAAGUCACCCUGCUGGACACGGUCGAAUUGGCCACGUACACAGUGAGGACGUUCGCCCUCUACAAGAACGGCUCCAGUGAAAAACGAGAAAUCAGACAGUUCCAGUUCAUGGCCUGGCCAGACCACGGGGUUCCCGAGUACCCCACGCCGAUCCUGGCCUUCCUUCGCAGAGUGAAGGCGUGUAAUCCGGCAGAUGCCGGGCCUAUGGUGGUACACUGCAGCGCCGGUGUGGGAAGAACAGGGUGCUUCAUUGUGAUUGACGCCAUGCUGGAGCGAGUGAAGCUGGAGAAGACGGUGGAUAUCUAUGGUCAGGUGACCUGUAUGCGCUCUCAGCGGAACUACAUGGUACAGACGGAGGACCAAUACGUCUUCAUCCACGAGGCCCUGCUAGAGGCGGUCAUGUGUGGGAACACAGAAGUACCGGCACGCAGCCUGUAUGCACAUAUCCAGAAACUGUCUCAGGUCCCUGUGGGAGAGAGCGUCACCGCCAUGGAGCUAGAGUUCAAGCUAUUGGCCAACUCCAAAGCCCACACCUCACGGUUCAUCAGUGCCAACCUACCAUGCAACAAGUUCAAGAACCGGCUGGUGAACAUCAUGCCCUAUGAAUCGAGCCGUGUGUGUCUUCAGCCAAUCCGUGGUGUCGAGGGCUCUGACUACAUCAAUGCCAGCUCCAUCGAUGGCUAUAGGCAGCAGAAAGGCUACAUCGCCACUCAGGGACCCCUGGCGGAGACCACUGAGGACUUCUGGCGCAUGCUAUGGGAGCAUAAUUCCACCAUUGUGGUGAUGCUGACCAAGCUGCGGGAAAUGGGCCGGGAAAAGUGCCAUCAGUACUGGCCGGCCGAGCGCUCCGCGAGGUAUCAGUAUUUCGUGGUGGACCCAAUGGCCGAAUAUAACAUGCCUCAGUAUAUCCUGCGUGAAUUCAAAGUGACGGACGCACGGGACGGACAGUCUCGGACAAUCAGACAGUUCCAGUUCACAGACUGGCCCGAGCAGGGAGUGCCAAAAACGGGAGAGGGCUUCAUCGACUUUAUCGGACAAGUGCACAAAACGAAAGAACAGUUCGGACAAGACGGACCCAUCACUGUUCACUGCAGUGCUGGCGUGGGCCGGACCGGAGUCUUCAUCACAUUGAGCAUCGUGCUGGAGCGGAUGAGGUACGAGGGGGUGGUGGACAUGUUCCAGACCGUGAAGACGCUGAGAACACAGAGACCAGCCAUGGUACAGACAGAGGACCAGUAUCAGCUGUGCUACCGGGCUGCACUGGAGUACCUGGGCAGCUUCGACCACUAUGCAACAUAACUACCGCUAAACCCCCCCGCCGGCCAGACUUGGGAGUGAAGCGUCCAAGGAACCCCCCCCCGGCACCGCCAACCCCGGUGCCAGGCCCCUCCUUCUAUUCCAGGCGCCGUUCCCAACAUCAUCUACUUACAAACAACAUAAAAAUGGCAAAGCUUUGCCAGGCUUGCUUGGGACUUGGCACAACUCAUCCCUGUCCCCCUCCAUUCAGGUCUUGCUUCUUCGGCCCUUAACUACGGCACAAAGGAAAACACAAGAUAUGGAAAAAUUCCUACUUAUUUUUUAUCAUUUUUAAUCACUUUUUUAGAAUUAUUAUUAUUAUUAUUUUUUUUUUAAGUCUGGUGUUCCCCCUCCAAGGGAAACCAUUUUAUGUUUAUCUUUAUAUUUUAUUGUUAUUUUUUAAGUAUGUUGCUAAGGGGGGGGAGGGGGCAAAAGGAUAAUUCCAGAGGUGAUUUACAAGAACUUUGCGCUCCAGGCUUCCCCUGCGAUGUGGAUAAAAUAAAAAAUAAAAGCACACGAGAUUCUCGCCCGGACCCUGGAAAAGGAACAAUUAAAAAGAGACAACUUUCAGCGAGCUCGACGUAUAUCUCAUGUAAGCGUGAUCGAUCGCACAGGAGCCAAUGGAAAUGUGAACACUGACUCUCUAUAUAGCACAAAGGGGUGGACAAUGAGGGGACCAAGUUAAAUCAGCAUUGCCCAGUUCCUUUAUAUUUUAGUUAUUUACUCUUCUUUUUUUUUUAUUCUUCCAGCCUGCAGCCCAGCCAACGGGCGGCACUCGCCUGGAGCGAGACGCACACGAGGUUCGAGGACUUUUGGGGGAGGGGGGGGGGGCAUGUAGGUUGCGGAACAAGAAGAGAGUACUUAUAUUUGCUCAGAGUUGUAGGAUGAAAUUUUUUGAAGGAUUUAUAUUUUUCUUUCCCAAUUAUAUUUAGCAUAAGGAUGGGGGAGGGGGGAAAAACAAAAAAAAAAAAACUCAGAAUUAUGAAGCCUUUUAAAAAGAGGUGCCACCAUACCGAUUCCUUCUCUCUCUCUCUAGAAAAAACAAACAAAAAAACAAUAACAUUUGUUACUAUGUACAGAAUUAUGGACCUUCUAACAGGAAAGAGCACCGUGUACUCAUGAGGUACAGUCCGGCGUCCUGAUGAGAAAAAAAAACCCGGAGGUGGAUGAACGAUGGGAACUCGUAUUAUGCGCGAUGUUAUUUUCCCCCCCGCGGGAAAAGGACCGGCGUCUCGCUAAUGUUGGAUAAGGAGACCGUUUUUACCUUGUGUAUACAUUAGUGCUGUUAGGAGAUUGCUCCGUUGUACACAGUAUGUUUUCUAUUUGUUAAUAAAAACAAGUUAAAAAAAAAUAUAUAAAAAAAAAAAAAAUACAUGCAAACUCCGUCUACUAAUACCUGCAUCUUUGCCGAAAACAGAAAAGAAAAAAAAAAAUCUCGGUGUUAAUAAAUUUGAAUAAUCAGGUUUCAUACAAA